ACCCUGACUUACCCCUCCCCGCCCGAGUCCACCACCGCGAUCCUGCUCCUCUUCCACGGGCUCGGCGACACCCCGGCCCCCUUCACCCGCCUGGCCGAGAACCUGCGCCUGCCGGGCGUGCUGGCCAUCGCCGUGCGCGGCACCGCCCCGCUGCCGGGCGCCGCGCUGCUCCUCUCCUCCUCUUCUUCUUCUUCUUCCGACGGAGACGCGGGGGGCGCAAAAAACCAGUCGUCUCGGUCUGGGUCUGAUGGGUAUGGGUAUGGGUAUCACUGGGGCGACGACCUGCGGUUGGACGUCGCCGGCGGCGGGCGCGGCGGUGGAGGGCCCGCGCUCGACGCGGCUGACGACCCGGGCUUUGAGCGCGCGCGCGCCUGGGUCAUGGACCGCCUGAUCGGCGAGGUGCUUGUCGCGCGGUGCGGGUGGGAGGUCGGGGAUGUGUUGCUGUUUGGGUUCGGGCAGGGCGGGGCGCUGGCGCUGGGCUUGGCGAGCGCGCUGCGCAUGGCGGGGAGGAACCGCGUGCAGGAGAGGGGAGAGGGAGGGAAGGCAAAGUUCAAGGGCGUCGUGGCGAUCGGGGCGGGGCUGCCGCCGUCGAUGGUGCCGAGCGUGAGUGGGCUGGGCAAGGCGGAGACGCCGGUUCUGGUGUGCUGCGGGCGGGAGAGCGAGGUCGUGGAUGAGGAUGCGGUCGAGCUGCUGGAGAGGGAGUUCAAGGAUGUGCGGGUCGUGCGGUGGAAGCGGGCCUCGGAUGGGAUGCCGACGAACCGGGAGGAGGCCCUGCCGAUGAUGCAGUUCUUCGCCGAGAGGUUGAGAAGCGGC